AUGAAGCUGUCACUACGAAUAGACCACGAAUCUAGUCUGCCCUCGUUUCGUCCAGGCGAUCUCUUGCGAGGAACGUUAGAGAUAAGGGGGUGUGUUUUUAAAAGUUUACCACGAAUCACAGCAACCUUUUCAGGUAGAUUAACAGUCAAAGUCUACCCCGAGGUCAACACCUACUGUUCCAAUGAGUUUAAUUAUGUACUAUUUGAACAAUCAGAAGACCUCAAAAUCUUGCAGUCAACUGCUAUCAACGACAACCCCGACAGCUGCGUCUAUGUGUGUCCUAUAGAGUUCAAGUUCCCUACGAGCCUCAACUGUGCGUGCGGUGACACUUGCCAGCUACCGUCGUCAUUAUCGGUCAACAAUGGGAAACUCCGAAUAAAAUCGACGUAUAUGUUAUCUGCUACAGUGGAGCGGAGUGUUAUUGGGAAAAUAACCAGAACUAAUGGGGUCAAACAGGAACUCCCGUUCAGCUGUAACCCUAUAGUCAAUGACCUCGCGGCAUCGUGUACCGUCGCCCUAUCCGCCGAUAAACUGAGUCAAGACUUCAAAGAUUCCUCCAGAGAGAUUAUUGGGCUCAUCUGUGAGGUAUCUCCGCCUACAUAUUCUCCGUCUUUGCAGAUGGAGGUGAUUCUACCCGAAUCGCCAGUUCUAACUCGUGGACGGGGGACGCCAGUGAGAUUGGUGCUCCAUACCCCACGAGAGUUAAUGCAAAGGGCUAAUAUCUACGUCCGAAGUGUAGAGAUACAAUUGGAGGCCGAUAUAUCUGCCCUACUACGAUCCACUUGGCAAAAUAUGAGAGAUACGAGACUUGGAAACACCAUAAACGGAGCAGUGCCAAUCAAAUCAGAGCAUUUUGAGCUGGACCUGGGGGCGUGGGGUACAUUUGCCGUUAUGCAAUCGCGGCCAUCGUUGAAUUCAUGUUUGCUAAAAAUUGCCUAUUCUCUUGAAGUUGUUGCGGGUAUAUCGAAUGGCUUGGAAGGCUCUAUUCAGUAUUUGAAGGCAUCUUUGGAUGUCCUUGUGAUGGAUCCACCUCCCACAUAUCAGGCGGCAGCAGAUCAAAUACCAUGA